GAAACGGUCACAGCACUCACAGAGAAACCUCUGCAACGAACGAAGACACCGAAGUUCCGGUCUUCUUUCUCCUUCAAGAACCAGGCGAAAUGAUCACUCGCCGCCGCGCCAGCCACAUUCCGACGACCUUCGCCGACGAAGGCGAGCUCUUCUCCUCCCACAAGAGGGCGAAGGUGUCGACGCAGGAAUUCGGACAGAUGAUGGAGCACCUCGACGAGAUUCUUUUCGCCGUCGACGGCCUCCGCGUAGGCCAGCCACCGCGCGUCACGAGGGCCAGCUUGCUCUCUCUCUUGUCCAUUUGCGCCUCCCCGCACCGCCGCCAACUUCUGCGGACUCAACGGAUGACAAAGACAAUAACUAAUGCUAUUUUGGGCCUCAGUCUUAAUGAUUCUCCCAGCAAUCUUGCUGCUGCAACUCUUUUCUACAUUUUGACUAUUGAGGGUCAAGAUGAUCACCUCCUUGAAUCACCUCACUCUAUUCAAUUUCUAAUCAAGUUGUUGAGACCAAUUGUUUCCAUGGUUAGUGAAGACAAAGCACCGAAAUUCAGAUCUCCACUUCUGACAUUGCAGAAGAAUGCUGGCAGAUUACAAAAUACAGUGGAAAGAUUGGACGCCAGUUCUCUUGCAAUUUUUUCUAGAGUUCAAGAAAUUCUAGUAAAUUGUGAAGAUCUAAAAUUUACUCAUCUAAGUGACGGUGGGCUAGAGAGGCCAGAGUUAUGCCCAAAAUGGCUAGCAUUGCUGAUUAUCGAGAAGGCUUGUUUAUCUGCCGUUUCUCUUGAUGAAACCUCUGGUGCUGUGCAGAAGACUAGUGAAAAUUUUAAGGAAAAACUAAGAAAGCUUGGAGGGCUUGAUGCUGUCUUUGAAACCAUCUUGAAUUGUCUGUCAGAUUUGGAGUUCUCGAUGGAAGAUAGUUCUCUGUCCACUGAAGAUAUGAGAAAUGACAAACAGCUGAAAAGCCUCACCCUGCUUCUCAAAUGCCUGAAGAUCAUGGAAAAUGCUACCUUCCGAAGUAAAGACAAUCAGACUCAUUUGCUUGGACUGAAAAGAAAGUUGAGUUUUCGGACAACCCCAUUUUCUUUUGUUGAGCUGGUUAUAACUCUUGUCAAGAUUCUCUCAGAUCUAUUUUUACGUCAGAAUUCUUCUACAACAUCCAAUAAAUGCCAGCGACGGGAUCCUUUUUCUAUGAGAAGUCAUGAUUCUGAUUUGGAUUUGCUCACAGACCAUAAGGAGAAUGGAACUGUAUUCAGUAAUUCCACUGGAAUGUACUGUGAUAUGGAGAGAGACUCUUCUAUGAAGAGUUUUAAACUUCCACGGAAGAGUUGGCUUUCAAAAUGUUCUCAGUUGAAAGGAUCACUAUCCACUGCUGAAACUCCCAGCAAUUCAAGGACUUUCAGUACUGAAUCUUGUUAUGCUGUUGCAUCGACUAGUGGUUCAGAUAGUAAAACAUCUGUGGUCGACGUUGAUGUUUUAGCCAAUAGCCGAGAUCCAUUUGCAUUUGAUGAGGAUGACACUGCACUCUCUAAGUGGGACCUGCUGUCAGGGAAUAAAAAAACAUCUCAUUCUAAAAGAUAUGAGAUGACAAACAGAGAUUUUGAAGAUGGAUGUCAAUCUCAGACAAAUGGGAGUCAACGAGUGUUGAAUAACAAAUGUUCCAGCUCUUACAUCAGUCAUGAAGCAGGUUCCAGCCUUCUCACUGAUUGCCUUCUUACUGCAGUUAAGGUGCUGAUGAAUUUGACUAAUGAAAACCCUGCUGGCUGCCAGCAAAUUGCUGCCUAUGGAGGACUGGAAACUAUGCCUUUGAUAAUUGCUGGUCAUUUCCCUUCUUUCAGCUCAUUACCGUUGUCCUUUGUUCAGAUAAAAGGAAAUACUUCCAAAAUUCCAAAAGACCACCAACGUGAUAGGCAUCUCACUGAUCAUGAGUUAGAUUUUCUUGUUGCUAUUCUGGGGCUGCUUGUAAACCUGGUAGAGAAGGAAGGUCAUAACAGAUUACGGCUUGCAGCAGCCACUGUUCUGCUACCUACCUCAAAACGCUUGGGCCAGGCACAGAGGAGUGUUAUUCAAUUGCUGUGCUCUAUUUUCUUGGCUAACCAAAGUGGAGGUGAUGGAGUUGAGGAAGAUAAAUGUAUAACUCUGGAUGAUGAGGCAGCUGUUCUACGAGGUGAAAAAGAAGCUGAGAAAAUGAUCGUGGAAGCUUAUUCAGCUCUGCUUCUAGCCUUUCUUUCCACAGAAAGCAAAAGCGUCCGCAAAGCAAUUUCUGACAAUCUUCCACAUCACAACUUGUCUACUCUUGUGCCUGUGUUGGACAGAUUUGUGGACUUUCAUUUUGCCAUGAACAUGAUUUCUUCAGAGACUUAUGAAGCUGUUUGUGAAGUCAUUGAAUCAUGUAGAGUUACAUGAAAGCUCAGCAAAUGUAAAACUCUGUACAGCCACAGAUUGCUUUAGAUGACUGAGGAAAUGAGGCUGCAACUCACUUCAUUAUACUGACCAUUCUUUUCUGCAUUGUUUCCAUUUUUCAUUCUGGAUAAAUAAUUCCUCCUUAUUUUUACUUCACCAACUUGGUGAUGCUUUAGAUCUUGUAUACAAAACUUCGAUCCUGGUAAUUUUUUAGUAUAGUUUCUGUAAUCAAUAGUAGCAUUCUUGUGUAUUCAUUUUCUUGUAUCAGAAGCUUAGUUAGAAGUUCUACAUUCUCUGUUUCC